AUGGGCCCAAAGUGUUAUGGGGCCACCACCAUCGAGAGCAACUGCUUGGACGAGAUUCAUCAACACACCAACCUUCGGAUUCUUCCCCAACAGGAAAUAGUAAACAGGUCGGAUUUGGAAAUGGGAGAACAAAAUGGAAGGAACUCGAAUUCGAACGGAACUAAUCCGACCAAGAAACCGAAGCUAGACCCAGAAUUUUUACCAGCCAACAAGCAUGCACCUACUCCCUUGGAAAAGCAGAGGGCCGAAGUGGCCAAACUUUUGCAGAACCCAGCUCGCGAGAUUCAUUUGCCCAAGGCACCCCGAGAUAAAACAAUCCGACCACCUCGAGAAAUGAUGAAGAAUGUCCAAGGUAGUUCAGCUGGAGCAGGAUCGGGUGAAUUUCACGUGUACAAGCAAAGUCGAAGGAGAGAAUAUGAACGGCUAAGAUUAAUGGACGAAAACGAGGAAAAGGAACGAUUGAGGGUCGAAUUCGAGAACAAACAAGCCGAAAUCAAGCAGCAGGUGGAAGCCAAAACGAAUAAGAACCGGCUCAAGAGACAGAAGAAGAAAGAGCUGCGGAAGAAGAAGCAGCAGAAGGAUGACAAAGGUCGACCGACCCAUGGCGAGCAAGCAGGAGAAGAAGAUCGAUCGGCAGACUCGGGAUCGGACGGGUCUGAUGCAGAGGCUGGAACGGACCCCAAGAAAAAGCGAAAGAAAUUGGGCGCCGCGCCGAUCGCUGAACGGAUGGUCUUCAAGCAGCCAAACCAACAAUCCCUUGAGGAUGAGGACGAGCCCGAAAAGGCCGAUCAGGAGCAUCGUAACGAUGCUCCCGAAGACAACGUCGAUAUGGUCGAGCGGACUACUUCAUCCGAUCAACCAUCAGCAAAUGUACCUAUCGUUCAGUCAGUGGGGCUCACAAUAGUGGAUGAUGAGUGGUAAGAAUGUCAACUCAGUCGGAAUUCAUACACUUUCCCACAUCUAUCAGAUCCAUCCGCUUGUGAAUGUACCAACUUUUUAAGCUUCAUAAAACGAAAAUAACCCAUAAACUUGAGAAAAAAAAAGGCAAA